AUGGCUUUGCACAUCCUCCUAAAAAUAGUGCCUGGCACCGGUUGCCCAGGGGAGGCGCAGUCCCUCUUGGAAAAAUUCGGGGGUGGCCCGCGCCCCCGCGUAGUACUCUACGCCUGUGCCUGUGAGAGGGGCUAUAUUGGUGUUGUGCUUGAUGUUUUCCAUAGUUACGGCGAUUAUCCCAAGCUCCCAGACCGAUCCCAGCAGGAGAGAGAUCCUUAUUACAGCUGGGACCACAGCAAUCUGAGACGUAACUAUGGAGAACCGCUGCACUGGGAUUUUGACAUGUUCCUCCGCACACGGGUUGACACCACCCCUACGGUGCUUCCGUGGCAUACGAUGCGCAACUACUUCUUGGGCUUCGUCGGCUUCAUGUUCUUCAUGUUUGGCCUCGGGGCGAUGUAUCCGUCGUAUCAGCCUGUGGGCCCCAAGCAGUAUCCCUACAGCAAUUUGUACCUGGAAACCAGCGGAGAUCCCAACCAAGAGGUGCCGGAGGUCAAGCACUAUGAGAUCUGAGGGCGGCUGUCUCCUGGACUUUCCUUCAUCCUGCCUGUGGGACUGACUGUUGCAUUGUUGUAUUUGCUGUCUGAAAAAGCCGGACAGGCGAAAAACAAGUGACGGAA